GUCGACGGCGCCGACGUCGACGGCGCCUACUGCGUGGACCGCGACGCGCUGCGGGCGCCCAUGCUGCUGCGCGGCGGCGCGGCGGCGUGCGGCAUGCGGCUGCCCGGCGGCGAAAACUUCGGCGUCGACGACGUCGCGCUGCUCGUCGGGCCGGAGGCGACGGUGCCCGUCAUCGACGUCGCGGAGCAGGAGCAGCAGGGCCGCGACUGGACGCUGGGCGAGUGGGCGUCGUACUUCGCGCGGAAGGAGGCCGGCGCGCACAAGGUGCUGAACGUGCUGUCGCUCGAGAUCGGCGGCACGCGGCUCGGCGACGCCGUCGCCGCGCCGCGCUUCGUCCGCGACCUCGACUGGAUCGACUGCACGCCGGCGGACGAGCGGCCCAAGGUCCAAAAGUACUGCCUCAUGUCCGCCGGCGGGUCCUUCACGGACUGGCACGUCGACAUGGGCGGGUCGUCCGUCUGGUACCACGUCGUCUCCGGCGAGAAGCGGUUCUGGUGUGCCGCGCCGACGGAGGAGAACUUGACCGCGUACGCGCGGUGGAUCUCGUCGCGGGACCAGAGCGCGACGUGGUUCGGCGACUGCGUCGGCGCGGACCAGGUGGCCUACUUCGCCCUGGGGCCGGGCAUGACGCUGAGCCUCCCGUCGGGCUGGCUCCACGCGGUCUACACGCCCGAGGAUUCUUUAGUGUUCGGGGGCAACUACCUCCACACGCUCGCGGCGCGGACCCAGUUCGCGAUCUUCGACGUGGAGAAGGCCUGCCGC